AAGAAAAGAGCCCUAAACAAAAAAAAUGGGACUCAAAUGAGUCCAGCCAGAUACUGGUAUAAAUGGCCUAGGGCCCUCCUGCCCAGCCAGGCCGGGCCCUUGGUGGCAGGACCCGACGCAGCAUGCGGAAACCUCAUGCUGGGCCAGGUCCUGCCGCCAUGGCUCAGAGCACUCCACUCCCGCUGCUGCUGCUAAAGAUAACCAGUUUGUCUGGUUUGAUGUUGCAGACUUUGCAGCUGGAAGUAUGGGGACAACAAGGCCUCGUCCCAUCUGUUUCACUUUGCACCAAGUCAGGAGGUUCAGCAAAAGGUCCAGCAAAGAAUAUGGCACCACAGGAGAGCACCAAACUGCUAACCACCAAAACAACUGUUGAGUUUCCUAAAAAGUUGUCUCCUAGUUCUCACCCACCACCUGCAAAUAAAGAGAUAAAAACGGCUGCUGCAUCUGCUCCAGAGGAAUUUGAUAAUUCAACCUACAAGAACCUCCAGCAUCAUGAAUAUCAUAUAUAUACCUUUGUGGAUUUUGACGUAUAUCUGUCAAAAUUCAGACAGCCUCAGCCAUCUUCUGGAAGAAUUUCCCCUUGGCAGUAAAAGAGAAGAUUAAAACAAAUGUUCCGGGAUUCUUGAUGAAUAGCGCAACAUCCAUAUUCAAAUAAAUCAGUUAACUUGCAGUAAUUUAUGCUUAUGUUUGUGACAAGGUCAUUUUGGCUGCUAGAGUUGCUUAGUUUGUGGUUAAUAUUGAACUCAUUCACAGUAAUAAUCCUGAUUUUUUGUUGUUGUUUGUUUUAAUAGCUUUUCUUGAUCCUAGUGCACAUUGUCUGAUAAUAGGGAAGAUCAUUUCAGCUGACCUUCAGAUAUUGUUGACUCCAAUAUAUGACCUAGAUUGUACCUUUUGAUUAGUGUUUUCUGUUUUGAAGGAAGUCAGUUAUUAUAAUGUACAUGUUUGUCCAGAAUUCAUCAUUGUAUUGAUUUUUUUUUUUAUUAUUAUUAUUCUGAUUGUGCCACAUUGAUAUGCGUAUCACACAUGAAGACUGACUCCCAGUGCUAAAGAUCUUACCUAUGUUGUGUACUUGAAGUUAGAACAGAGAUGUUGGUUUGGCAAGGGGGUAUGGUACAGAACACUCUCCUGUGUAGCAACAUGUGAAUGUGGCUAAGUACAGAGGUUCAAAAAAA